AUGCGCCAGUACUUUAGCUCCGUGGGCGACUACCAGGGCUACAAAGAACGCCGCGAGAAGUCGAUGAAGCAUGUAAAGCCGUUUGCGUUCGAGUCUCGCGAGCUCAUUAGACCACUGCGCAUCCGAGAGAAGCGUGCAGAGGCGGAGCAGCACGCGCGAGAGGUCGCUGCUGCGAAGCAUCGGAAGCCGUACAAGGCGACACCUGUACCGCCGUCCACUUUCAUGAACAAGUAUGAGCUGAUGGUCGAGGAGUGGUGCCAGCGCAAAGCUGCGAUCGAGCUGAUGUCACGCGAGCGGGCCCGCAUUGCCAAGGACGAGGCAGCCUUUGUGCGACUGUCCGCCCAAGGACUGCGCAGCACGCGGGAGGCGCUUAUGGGUGUUGUAUACGGGGCCAAUGGUAAGCCUGUCACACGGGACGAGCUACGGCGACGCGCCCAAAGCACGGACGUCAAUGGAAACCGGCGCAACGGACCUGAGGUACCACAUCGUGAGGUUCCUCUUGAGGUGCGUAUGAAGCUGUGGCCUGCUAUAAGUGAUCACGAGCGACUGCGACGCGAGCGCAUCAAGUUCCUGGCGACCAUGCGCAAGUCCGAGGUGGACGCGGAGGUGCGCCAAGUGAUGCCGCUGCUAACGAGCCCUUCUCCAGCUCGCUGCUACGACGCUGCCAGCCUAGGUAGCACCGACGUGGCCGCUUUACUGGCCGCUACGAAGAGCGAAAAGGCUAGUGCGGCAGCCCCGUGCUACGGGGUUGGUCAGGCCGUACUUUCCGUUAGACCAAAUCCAUUGCUAGACGCGGAAGCAGUGUCCAUGGCCGCUGCACCGUUACCUUCCACGAUGCCGCCGCCACCAGCGGCUGCCAGUACUUCGUCUCCGCUCAGGGCGGCAUUUCCUUCAUCUCCCUCUAUUACCACACCUCAGCCGCCCGCCGGCGUAGCAGCGGCGGCGCCGACGCCAUCUCUGGCUGCCGUUCCUGAGCCGCCUCCAGGUGCCGUGGUGCCUCCGCCCCUGCCACUUGCCCCCCCUGCAUUUACCAUAGCACCGCAGCCCUCUCUCUUUACUGGUGGCGCUGUUCCAGCUCCUCCAUCAGCCGGGCCGCCAUCGCUACCGCUGACUACCUCCGCGCCCUCACCGGCACCGACUGCACCGGUCGCCGCACCAGUCUCUUCAGUCACCUCAGGUGCAGUGGCGGGCGCGAAGGUAGCAAAGCCGGGCACGCAGCAAGAUAGGGAGGCAGCAUGGCGUCGCUACAAUCCGCAGCUGACCUUCAAGCCGAAUGUGCGACCCGGUGUGCCAAAUUUUGAAGCGCUCUGGGCGCACAACAAGGCGGUGCUCGCUCAAAAGAAGCGGCAGCACACCACAACGGUGCCGCGGCCUUUUGACUUGACACUCAGUGCGCGGGACAGCAAAAUUGUGGGGCGUCGGCCAGUGCGCAGUGCCUCCGCACUUGGGCCGCCGUACCGCCAUGGAUCGCCGUCAGGUGGUAAGCGGCGGCACGCAGCCGAUACACCGCCGACGUCAGCCAGGGAUGUAACGGCACUCCCGUCGCCGCUGAGCGGCGCUCCUCGCGGCACCCGCGCUCACGCGCUACGGACGCAGGCGAUCUACUCGAAUUACGUCAAGCAGUCAGAGGAACACAGUCUGACGGCGGAAGGUGAUGCGCAGUACUGGAAGGCAGUGGCGCAGCGGCAGCGAGAGGUGCGGAAGCGACUGUCCGCGUACCUGGUCGAUCAUCAUACCGAGCAUGAGCGGACAAUCCGGGAGAAGGUGCGUUCUCUGCGUGCUGCCAUGCGAGCGAGCGAAAAGGCAGCUGCAGAGCGGCUCGCGGAGAUCAAGCAGAGGGUCGCCGAGAUGCCACCGGUGUUCGCAGAGCCGGCGCAUCUGAACGAGCAAUCGAAGGCGCGCGUGGAGGCGGAGAAGAUCAUCUUGCAGUCGCUGAAGGAGGCGGGGCUUGAUGGCACCACCAUCAAGCGCAUCCUCACCUACCCGCCGGUCGCUGCAGCGGACGCCGCGACAGACACAUUCGACACCAGAGAAGCGGAUGUGAAUAGAAACGAAGAUGAUGGUGCCCCGCCGACUGCGCCGGGCGAAGAGGACUCGAAGCCAAGGGGAGCACAGUCUAGCCCGACUGCACACAGUCCUCUCAGCGACCAGUCAAAACCCUCGAAGCACGACUCCAGCGACAGUAAUGACAGCAGUAGCGAUAGAAGUAUUUCAGACAGCAACAGCAGCAGCAGCAGCAGCAGCGGAGGCUCUACUAAGAAGUCUCCGCCUGGCAGCUCCGUGAGCAAACGAUCGCCCUGUCCCUCUAUCUCGAUGCUCGCUGUACCGGUGCCGAAACCGGUGGUGGCGACCAAGAAGGACGCUACCGAUUACAGUGAUGACAGCUUUGAAUCGUCUGAUAGCGACUAG